AUGCAGGUACGCAACAUGUUCUUUCAAGAUGGGGACCGUCAAAUCGACUUUGUCCUUGCUUGGAAGGUCAAGGUUAAGAAACAGGAAGAGGCUGAGGAAUCAAGAAAGAUCUUUGAGAAUAACCUACGUGAUGAAGGCCUUGAACUGGAGUAUGAUAAGAGGAAUGGCGAGACACACUUCAUGAAGAUCCAUGCUCCUUAUAAGGUGUUGGAGAGAUAUGCUGACAUCCUCAAGAUCCGUAUGCCAAUGAAGGAGGCGGUGGUCUUACAUAACAUGGCCGAUAAUUACGAGGACUUUCAGGUUUACAGCGUUAUGAAUAAAAGUCCCGUGCAGGCUGUGUCAACGAGAAUAUGGAGCUCGGUCACUGGCUUCUUCAAGCGCUUCCUCUCCCCGUUCCAAAUAGACCCAAAUGUCAUGCCCCCUGUAAGGAGACGCUACACCUGCCCCUACAGUCGGAACAAGAAAUAUUUGUUUGAGAUGGAUGACAAUAAACAGCUUAAAUUUACAAAUUCUGUGAGAAGCUGGAUCGUGGAUUACAUUUUGAGAAGGAAAGCCUUCAAGAAAGAUGAGGGAAAAGCAUUUUCAUUUGGUCUGAAGAAGAUGAUGGCUGAUGGAUUCUAUGAUGCUGCUUACCCCAUGCAUGAGGGUCACUGGAAGCCGGGGUCUGCCAAGAACCCACGCAAACUGCUCUACGACUACUGGGCAGGAUGGAGGAGCUUCCUCAAGUUUCAACCACAUGACUACAUCAGAAAUUAUUUUGGUGAGAAGAUUGCCAUAUACUUUGCCUGGCUUGGUUUCUACACAACAAUGCUGGUUCCUGCCUCGAUAGUUGGUCUGAUUGUGUUCAUCUAUGGCUGUGUUAUCAUGUACACAAAUGACGUCACGGCUGAGCUGUGUGAUCCCAACAACAACAUCACCAUGUGUCCCUUGUGUGACCAGCAGUGUCCCUACUGGAAACUAAAUGAGGCAUGUACUCAUGUAUCUGUCAGCAGGAUAUUUGACAAUGGUGCUACAGUCUUCUUUGCCAUCUUUAUGUCACUGUGGGGUACUCUGUUUCUUGAGUUUUGGAAACGUCGAGAGGCUACGAUCCAGUAUAAGUGGGACCUUACGAACUUCGUUUCUGAAGAGGAACCUCCAAGGCCUGAGUACUUGUCCCAGUUGGAGGGUUGGCACACACUGAAAAUCAACCCUGUUACAGGGAUCAAAGAACCCCACCUCCCAUUCUGGAGGCGACGUUUCCCAAUUUUUCUGUGCUCCUAUACAGUCAUGAUAGUACUGGCUCUCAUGGCAGUAGGUGCAGUGAUUGGAGUGAUAGCUUACAGGGUGUCUAUGUUGGCUGCAUUACAACUGAUCAGGAAACAGGAAAUAUUCACUAACAGCAGUGACGUCACCACCAAAACUGUGAAUCUAAUUUACCAGAAUGCCAGUCUUUUGACAACAGUGACAGCUGCCUUGAUCAACCUGGCUAUCAUUCUACUGCUGAACUUUGUGUAUGGGUACCUGGCUUUCUGGCUGACAGACUGGGAGUGCUUGCGCACACAGAGCGAGUAUGACAGCAGCAUUACUCUCAAAUUGUUUGCGCUGCAGUUCGUCAACUACUUUUCUUCCAUCAUGUAUAUUGCAUUUUUCAAGGGCAGGUUUGUUGGACGCCCUGGGAAGUACAGGACUGUGUUUGGAGGACGUCAGGAAGAGUGUGAGGCCGGAGGCUGUUUAAUAGAGCUAUGUAUUCAGUUAGCAAUCAUCAUGAUUGGGAAACAGCUGAUACAGAACAACUUUGUGGAGAUAGUGCUGCCGAAACUUAUCAAGUUCAUCAAAAAGAAAUGUGCAAAGGAGACUCGAGAGCAGAAACUUGCAAAGACUCCUUGGGAGAAAGACUAUAAGAUGACAGCUGCACAGACCACAGUUUUGUUCUAUGAGUACUUGGAGAUGGCUUUACAAUUUGGGUUCCUGACAUUAUUUUGUGCUGCCUUUCCACUCGCUCCUAUUUUCUGUCUGCUUAAUAACAUCAUUGAGAUCCGCUGUGAUGCAGCCAAGUUUAUAACACAACUUCGCAGACCAGUGGCAGAUCGUGCUGCCAAUAUUGGUAUUUGGUACAGUGUCCUUUAUGGUCUCUCCAGGAUUGCUAUCAUCACCAAUGCAUUUGUGAUCUCACUCACGUCUGACUUCAUCCCUCGGCUGGUCUACAGUUUGCUCUACAGUGAUGAUGGAAGCCUCAAAGGUUACGUCAACUACACCCUAGCAUAUUUCAACACCAGUGACUUUGAGGAGGACCACCGACCAUCUGACAGCAUUAUUGGUAACGAAGCAAUCUGCAGAUACAAAGAUUUCCGUAACCCACCUUGGCACUAUGACAGAGAGUAUCGCCGGUCAGAAGUGUUCUGGCAUAUUCUUGCUGCACAGUUAGCAUUUGUGGUCGUCUUUGAGAAUGUGGUGGUUGUGGUGACAAGUCUAGUAGCAUGGAUGAUACCUGACGUUCCAUCCGAGCUGAAAGAACAGAUCCGACGCGAGGCGUACGUGACAAAUGAGAUAGUGUUGAAGACCGAGCUGAUGCGAGCUCAGGGCCAAGAAAUCACCGCAUCAACAGUUGCUCUUGUUAUGUCUGAUGAUGAGUCAGGCCGGUAUUCCCCCCGACUCAGCGAAGAGUUUGAUGAACCAAAGUUGAUCCACAGGGGAGCAAACAACCGUGUUGAAUCAGAAGACUCAAAGACUUAUGUCUAGCACAAACUGACAGCUGGUCAACUCAGACACAGCAUCAGGUCAAGGAGGCUAAAGUCUAGUAGUAGCUGGCUGCCUGUCAACAGCAGGCAGUAGAGGAGACUAUCAUCAAGAAGUUUGAUUUAGAAUUUAGGCCCAGAACAGAUAUUAACUGCAGUAGGUUUUGUGAGUGUUUUGUGCUGAUUACUUGAACAUAUGAAACCUCUGCCUACUAACAUGAACUAUAUUCCUUCCAUAACUAUGAUCGCAACUCCAUCUCCCUCCAUUAUAUUGUCUUCAUGCAUGAUAAUAGGGUUGUUGAAUAUAUUACAGUUUUCUAUCAGAUUAUUCUGUGAUGUGAAAGAGUAUGUGAUGGUUGUGAUGCAAGACUAUUUCAUGCAUGCAUUGUGACAAGUGUCAAGUGUCAAGUGCCUUUUACUUCAGUCAGACCUGAUCUGUCUGUGAUGUUUCAAAUCAGUACAACACCAGCACUUGUAUUUUGUUGUUAGCGUAACUUGUAUUGUUGGCAACACUUGUAUACAAUGUACAAUAGUUUGGUAGUUAUGGUAAAUGUAAUAUAACAAGGAAACACCACAUUUGCUAAGGUAAUGUAACAUUGUACAUUGUGUUGAUGAAGGUAAUGCAUCACUUGCAGUCUGUGUUCAAACUGCUGAUCUGCACUUCUCACUUGACUUGAUUUUCAGUAUCGGCUUUUAUUAGCACAGCUUACUGGAGUGAAAGAAAAUUUACUUGCUCUUCGGACUUGUGGCUAAAGGCACAGACUGCAAUAGAUACAAGUGAAGGUACAUGUACACUGUAGUUUCUCUAAGUGUGAUGCUGUAUGCUAACUCAUAGGGAGUUGUGUAAGUACCUUAGGAAGUCUUUACAAAUACGUAUAUCCACUGAACAAAGAGUUGUGCAGUCUUACAGAUGAUUAUGUUUUUGUGUUGCAUAAUCAGCUUGGCAGCUUGUGGUAAUUUGUUGUUGAUAUUGUAAAUCCUUGAAACACUUUUGUUGUCAAGGCUGUUUAGUAUUUAUGAGCUAAUGCAUUUGAAAAUAGAUUUCUACAGUUAUAUUUUACAUAGCAAUAUUGUUAUCUUCUAUGGUACAUACAUAUGGUAGAUUAUCAUGUCUUUGCUACAUAUCACCCAGUUUAUUCACUGAGUUUAUACAUGACGCAGUGCAUUCUUUUUCUAUAUUUGUAUGUACACUGUUCUUUGUUUAUGUUGUGUUUUCCAGUAUUAAUGCUGUACAGGCUAAGUGACAUUUGUUAGUCCAUGUUUUACUGGUAUCAUUUCAUGUUGGUGAUGUUUGUGAUGCUAUUUUCUCAAGCAUAUUUUAGCGCUUUUUAUAAAGGUUUUAAUAACAAGGUAGAAAUCUGUUUCUAUUAGGUGCUCAGUCUGUGCUAAACUCAUUUGAGUCAGUAACCAGAAGUUGGUUAUCAGCGUCAAUUUCUGUAGAUUUUGAUUCUAUUAAUAGACUAUAAUUAUCUAAGCUUACUCAAUCUAACAAUUUUCUAGGACUCAGUCUUUGGAAUUUGGGCUUUAGAUGAGUGAUUAAUGUUACAGAUAGGAUACUUCUUGAGGAUGUCCAGUUAGGGGAGUUGAGACGAACAAUAUUAUGUGUGACAAAAUGUGCCUUCAUGUUGACGACGGGGGCUGGCACUGAAAAGUUACAAACUUAAACUUUUUAUACAAAUGCUCAUUUUAAAAAUUGUUUGUAUAUCCGUUACGAAAUUAACAAUCAAUUUAUGUUGGUGUGUGUUUACAAAAUGGUUACUAGUAUGCCAGUACAUGCACACAUGUCCACGGCAGUGAAGGCUGUAAGUAUCGCAGAAAGGAUGAUCUGCUUUGUUAUGAGGUUGACCUGGCUUGCAGAUCUGAUAUGCAUAAUACUCAGUAACAAAGAUGGUUUCAGCUUAGUGAGGCUGUAUUAUUGAUGGAGAUGGGACAGUACACUGUACUUCAUCAUCCACUUUCUAUGUAAAUACUCAAGCAAUUCAGAAACCUUUCAAAAGAAAGUUAAAUCAACGGCAUAUUUUUUAGAUCUGAAGUGUCUUUUACAAUUUCUUGAAUAACCUCUUUCAAAACCUGAAUAUUCUUUCAAAUUUGUUUGAUCUUAGAGCUUGGCAAAUUACUGGGUAAAUGUUCAUUUUAUUCAUUGCAUUGCUUACAUACAAAUAUGAAUUAGCUGAAAUCUUUUGUACCAUACAUUAUUUUCAUUUGCAACACAGACACCCAUCCUCUCUAACACAAAUGCUCAAUAUAGCUUUUUCGAGAACAAAUUAGAGUUUCUUUCAAAUUCCUUUGCAAACUGUUAAUGAUGCAUAGGUUUGGGUCAGAAAACGUGUAUACACCAAGUCUCUCAAAUAGUAAAGGAAGGAAGAUGGUAGCAUUAUAUAAGAAAGGUAUAGGUAUCUGAAACUUAAGCUUAAGUGAUGGUGAAACUGCAACAGUGAAAUAUCAUUUAUAAACCUUGCACUUUGCAUCUUGCAAUAGUAGAAUGGAGAGUUUAUUCUGCCUUCAUGUCUUUGUGAAUCUCAGAAGUUGGUUGUAUUAUACUCAGGGUCUGUGUCUUUCUAUGCUGGUAGUUUAGCCAAAUGUUUUUAUGUUUUUUUGUGAAUUGUUGAAAGGGUAUGUGCGUCAAGCAAAGUGUACCAGGUUGGAAAUUGAAUGAAGGGCUGGGAGAAGGAGGGAUAUUUUUAUUUUGCUACAACAAAGCACCAUCAAACAUUGGCACUAUAUUUGUUUUUAGUUCACCUGCACCAGAGAUCUGGGCGAUUUAAUUUUAUACUGUGUCGUUGUUGACCUUCCAUAAACUUUUAUGACAUAUUCAACUCCUCAGAAGACAUUGUAGAUAAUUACUGACAGCCAAAUAUCAUUAAACUAAUUCUGUACUCACUGAAUGCACUCUGAAAAUACAGUUAUUACAAGCACUGCAGUUUAGAUCAUCUUAAAAAAUACUCACCAAUUAUUGUACCCGGUUUUGAAUGUAAACUUCAAUGGUACAAGUUUUAUGUCAUCAGAAAGCUCAGUUCUUACGAAAAGUAACAUAGUAAAAUGUGUUACUGAUGACUAUGUUAAUACAGCAGUAAGCAGUGUUAUUCAGCUGUAACUUUGAUGUAAAGCAUGUCAUCCAUGGUCGGUGUCAGUUGAACUACAGUGUCUUGUGAUGCUAUUGUGGAACACAUAGGUCAUAUCUGAAUGCAUCUUUAUGAAACCACAGAACUAUUUAUACUUUUGCUUGUGCUUUAGCUAUUCUCCCAAAUGUCUUGCCCUCCCCAUGUAUUUUUAUAUUGCUACAUAUCACGCAGGCUAUUGAAUGUUAAGGUUAUGAUGCAUGUAUUUUAUACCAAGGAUGUGAAGUGCCCAUAUCUAAGGAGCACUGUCUUAGUGUGAAAUAUCCAUACCCAUGUUCAUAUUCACAGAAAUAAAAUAUUGCCAUACCUAAA